AUGGAUCGCCUCAAUCAGACCCUUGACGGUAGCCGUGUCAUGCACACGGAUAUCGACAAGGAGUUUCCCGUUACGCAGACUGACGUCCACACUCACCCACAAUCCUCCCGCACGAGCACGGACACCGAGUCCGAUACCAAGACCCUCGAUCAACCCGAUUCCCUCGAGCUCUCGCGCAUCGAAACACACCGUCUCCAGCAAAAGACCACCGUCGGGUCAACGCGAGGCCCCCAGCCGCGAGAAACGUGGCUGCCAAUGGGCGCGGGCAAGGAAUAUCCGCCUCUUAUUCCGGACCCCGAGGGCUUCGUGGUCGAGUUUGAUGGAGCCGAUGAUCCGAUGCAUCCGUAUAACUGGACGUUGAUGAGGAGAAUAUUCCUCGUCUGCAUCCUCUCAUACAGUACAUUCGCGACAUCAUUCACGAGCGCCGUUUUCUCCGCCGGUAUAUCGGCCGUGACGAAAGAAUUCAACAUCGGGUCUGAAGUCGGGUCGCUGGGCGUAACGCUCUACGUCCUUGGCUUUGCCGCCGGCCCGAUCGCCUGGGCGCCCAUGUCCGAAGUCAUCGGCCGACGGCUGCCGAUCUGUCUCGGCAUCUUUGGGUGCGGAAUUUUCACUGUCGCUUGCGGAGCAGGAAAAGAUAUCCAGACGAUCAUGAUAACGCGGUUCUUCGCGGGCUUGUUCGCGGCGAGCCCCGUGUCCGUUGUGCCGGCCGUCUUCGCAGACCUAUUCUCAACUGCCCAGCGCGGAAUUGUCAUGUCCGUCUUUUGCAUGGCGGUGUUCGUCGGACCCUUCGCUGCGCCGUUUGUCGGCGGCUUCAUUGCCAUGACGCUGGGUUGGCGGUGGAUCCUGUACAUCUCGGCGAUCAUGGUCUUCCUCGGGUCCGUGCUUGCGUUUUGCUUCAUGGAUGAGACGUAUGCGCCUGUGAUUCUGGUGCACAAGGCCGCGGUUCUGCGGAGGCAGACGCAUAACUGGGGGAUCCACGCGAAGCAGGAUGAGGUGGAGGUGGAAUUUGGGCAGUUGGUACGGAACAACUUCUUGCGUCCGUUGAGGAUGCUCGUCACUGAGCCGAUUCUGCUUUUGGUGUCGCUGUACAUCUCUUUCGUGUAUGGGCUCAUGUAUGCCCUUCUAGGCGCGUACCCGGUUGUCUUCCAGCAGGUGUACGGGAUGAACCUUGGUGUCGGCGGACUGGCUUUCGUCGGGCUGAUCAUUGGCGAGCUCGUCGGGGGAGCAUAUGUGCUUAUGCUUCAAGGCUCAUACAAGCGCAAACUCGACGCAAACCACGGCCAACCCGUGCCGGAAUGGCGCCUGACCCCGGCCAUCGUCGGAUCCGUCGCGUUCACGGCCGGUCUGUUUUGGUUCGGAUGGUGCGGGUACAGAGAUGAUAUCCACUGGAUGGCGCCUGUUGCGUCGGGCGUCCUCACUGGACUCGGCAUCUUCUGCAUCUUCCUGCAGUGCUUCAACUAUAUCGUUGACUGCUAUCCUACCUUGGCUGCUUCGACCAUUGCCGCCAACACGAUUCUCCGUUCAGCGGUCGGCUGUGCAUUCCCGCUCUUCUCGCGGCAGAUGAUGACGAACCUCGGCGUCCAGUGGGCUGGUACCCUGCUGGGGUGUAUCGCUGCUGCAAUGAUUCCAAUCCCGGUGUUGUUCCGCAUGUAUGGGCCGUGGUUGAGGCAGAGGAGCAAGCUGGCUUGCGCUUCUGUGUAUAAUCCUCAUAAGAAGGGAGAUGUAUGA